AUGCCAAAUGAUCAUCAUCAUCACCAUCAUCAUACCGACAUGGGGUGCAACAUUGAUCACUUGACAGGCGAUCAUUUAAGUCAUUCAAUUGAUCUCGUGACAACAUUAAGAAGUGAACUUGCGGCUUUGACUUACAAACGCGAUCGGUUAAUGGGAGAAUUGGCAGACACGAAAGCGGGAUUGUGUGCGAAGGAAAAUGAAUGCGAAACAUUAAGAGCUCAAGGAGCGAGGCAAUCAGCACUAAUAAUGUCUUUGCAACAACGACUUCAAGCUACGGAAACACGCGAAAAAAAUAUUCAUAUGAGAAGUGAACAAACAUCAAACACAAUGCAAAGAGAAAAACGAUGUUUAGAAGAGAAGGUCAAAGAAUUGUGUUCAAAGCAUCGAAGAUUGGAACUCGAUUUGGCAUCGGAAGAAAAUCUCCGUGAACAAGCUAAAGUUAAUUUUAGUGAAUUAAUUCGAAAACUUGGAUGCAUUCUUGGAUUAGACGUCAGUGAUAACUCACACAUAACAAGUGAUUGUGUUCUAAACAAAACCAGCGAUGUUGUCAGUGAACUUCAGCGACUUCGUUCUAAAUUAGCAGCAACAUGUGAAAGCUUAAAUGGUUGCGAGUCAGAAUUGCACAAUUUAAGAAAUGCAAGUUCAUCUGAACGUUCACAUUUGAAUGCUCAAAUUGAGUCGUUGAAAACUAUUACAACUGGCCUUGAAGCACGCUGCAAAAGCACUGAACGUGACCUUCAAUUGACGCGCGAUCGAUUAACCGAAACUGACAUGGGAGCUGAUAAACUUAGAGAAGAACUUCGUGGCUUUGAGUCACGAUGUUGUCGUUUGCAGUCAAGUUUAGAUCGCGUACAAAACGAUCGAUUGGUUUUCCUUAAAAACAUUGGAUCAAUUAUGAAUGUUAGCGAACCUUGCGAGUCUCUCAUCAAAGAUAAAGUUAGAGAAAUAACGAAUGAAAAUCAAACAAUGCACAACCAAAUUCAUAAUUUGCGAGAGCAAUUGAAUGUCGAAUCAACGCGAUUACGUGAGACUCAAGAGACAACACAAUGUCGGGUUAGAGCUGAAGAGUGUCAACGUGUAGCAUUGGAAGAGAAAUUGGAGAAAGCUUGCAAUGAAAUGUCACAGAUGAGAGAUGAACAUUUGACAUUGUCGGAAUAUUUAGUUCGUUUGGCAAGAGCUUUGUGUUGGAGUGAUUGCAUUGAUCAACCGGCCCAUGGCAAUGAAACUCAUAUUCUUGCUGAACAACUUUUGGAAAGAGCUGAACGUUUAUCUAUCCACACUGAACAUCACGACCUUUGCGAUAAGAAUUGCUACGAUCUUCCUACACCUCAUCAUCAUCACUUGCCAAAGUUGCGACGUGAACGAAGUUGUCAUGACAUUCCACUCAAAGAAAGUUCAACAGUUUACUCUCUUCAAAGAAAAGUUCGGGUGUUGAGAGAACAAGUUCAACGUCGCGACUUACAUUUGGAAUUAUUGCGAAGAAAAAUUGCGCUCCUUGAAGACAAUGCGAGAGGCAAAGCAAUUUUACAAACGGAACGGGAUGAAGCACUUUGUAGAGCGAAAAGAAACAACAAACAAAAUGAGAAAACUUCACAUCAGUUGUUAGAAGUUAAAACUCAAUUGGCUGAUGUGAAAGCGCAGCUUGCUGAUGCCACGGAUUACAAGAUCACGGCUUUAGAAAGGGCAAGAAAAAUCGAUGAACUUCAAGCUCGUGUUUUAUGCCUGGAGAAUGAAAAGAGCAGAUUAAUUUCACAGUUGUCAUCAUACAAAACUAGAGCAAGAUCAGCAGUUGAUACUUCAAAUGAUCGACGGUUACGUGAUGAAGCUGUAAUCAAUAAUUUGAGGGAAGAGUUAGCAAGAGUUAAGAGUGCUUUGGCUGAUACCAAUCAUAGAUUAUCACAGCUACAAACAUUUAAAACUUCAGUAGCUCGACUUCUUCACACGAGAGAAAACCCAGAAUGUGAUAUUUUGCAGAAACUUCAAACUGUUUGCAAUGCUCACCAGGAGUUUACGUUAUUAUCACGACGAUAUGAAACAUCAUCUCCCGUUCCUGAAACGAAUUGUCAGAGAUUUGAUGAACCACCGAUUCCAAUGUCUUCAUCACAAUGUCGUCCAAUGAGUUCAACUAGUCCAUCACACAGAAGAUAUAUUGAUUCUGGAUUUGAUCAUCAUUUUGAAGACGAUUUUGAUUAUAGUAAAAAGUUUUAAUCUUUCAUUUAACUUCAUGUCUCAUAUUCAAUGUUUAUGACAAAAAUAAAUUCACAUACAUUAGAAAUAU